AUGUCUUGGUUCAGUGGGUCGAGCACCGGUCCCAUCAACAAUCUUGAAGCGAAAAUUCAAGAGGCAACAUCCUCUUCCAUACCUAAUGGAGAAAUCGAGAUAUCUGUUGCACUUGAGAUCACCGAUAUCAUUCGUUCCAAGCAGAUACCUGCAAAGCAAUGUAUGAGGACAUUGAAGAAGAGAUUAACCUCUGUACAGGGCAAUCCAAAUCUUACAAAACUGGUUCUUCAAUUGAUCGACUUAUGCGUUAAGAAUGGUGGAUUCCACUUCUUAGUGGAGAUCGCCACACCAGAAUUUGUAGACUACCUCUGCGAUAAUGUAUUCAAGAUACACUACAACAUCAAAGAUAGAGAUAUACAGGGAAAUCCUGCAAAAUUUGAAGUAGGAUGCUAUAUUUUCCAGUUGUUAAGGAAUUGGAGCGUUUACUUCAAGGGUCAACUUCAAUUGGCCGGAGUAGAGAAAGCAUACAAGCAAUUGGUUCGGGAAGGUUUCAAAGUAGAUGAGUCUGUGUAUGGCCCAAGCUCCGAUAAUAUAGUGGUCGGAGAAGCCACCACGGAAGGCUUUGAGUUUAUUGAUACUGAGGUUCCUCCAGAUUGGGUCGAUGGCGAGGAGUGUAUGAUCUGUUACAGUCCAUUUUCAGUGAUUAACAGAAAGCAUCAUUGUAGAAGCUGUGGGGGAGUGUUCUGUCAAACUCACUCAUCUAAGAGUAUGCCCUUGGUUGGGCUAGGAAUAAUGGAGCCCGUUAGAGUCUGUGAUAACUGUUUUGAAAAGAGAGGUGGGGGCCGUCGCAGGACUGGCUCAUCAGAGGCGAGAGCCCCAUCGCGUUCGAGAGGUACAAGAGACAUAGUUCCUUCGGCUGAUGACGAAGAUGAUGAUUUGAAAAAGGCAAUUGAAUUGAGCUUAAGAGAGAGUCAAAUUCCAAUGAGUAGGCCUAAUGGACCACCACCUCAGUUUGAAGCUCCACCACCGAUUUCAGCCCCUCAAGCCCCUCAAGGAUCGGCCCCAGACGAUGAGGAAGAUGAAGAUAUGAAGGCAGCAAUUGCAGCCAGCUUAAGGGAAUUCAAGGAGAAAGAAGAAUUAUAUCAAAGACAACUGGCUCCACCACCUGAGCCAGAAGACAAUUUUUACGGUGAUUUACUCCCCUCCGGAUCUCAGUAUUCAUCUAGUAACUUCAACCAAGCAGCUCCUACUAAUCCAUUUGAGCAACUGUCCCAGUUUACCGGACAAUCUACUCAAUCCUCACAAAUAGGCAACCAGCAGCAGUUCCAACCCCAGCAACAACAGCAAACCCUGCAUACAACAUAUCAACAGCCUGAGUUAGAAGACCUCUCUCCUUCGGAAGAAGAGUCUAUAAACCUCUUCAUAACUCUUAUGAAUAACCUCAAGAACGAUCCGGCCAAGCAAGCGAAUAUCUUAUACGACACAAACCUUUCGGAACUACACUCAAAUAUCAUCACGUUUAAACCAAAGUUGAACCGUUCUCUUAGAGCCAGUCUUGAAAAGUAUGAAACCUUUUUGGAGUUGAACAAUAAAAUUUCUACAAUCACAAGAUUAUACGAUUCAUAUUUGGAAAGCAAAUUAGCUCAAGCUUACGGUGGCCAUCAAAUCUCAUAUCAGCAGCAAAAUCCCACGGGGGGCUACCAGUACCAACCACAGCAACCACAGCAACAAUUUAACGGUUACUCAGGCAGUCAGAACCUACCUGAAUCACCUCUUGAACCGGUUUCUGGAUAUCAAAAACGGCAAUCUACAGGAUACGACAAUCAUGUCCCAGAAGUUGGAUCUGAACCCCCUAUCGAAAUUCAACAAGGUUCUCCCUACCAAGUCCGUCAAUCUACGGGAUAUCCUUUGAACCAAACUUUACCUGAGCCACAUGCUGAUCAGGUACCACUUCCCCAUUAUCAAAGUCGCCAAUCCACUGGCUAUCCAGUAAAUGAAAAUGAAUCGGAACCACCAGUGGAUGCUCAAUAUGGUUACAAUAAUUCGGUACCACCUCAACGAACUAGUGGUUCUUAUCCUGGUUCUAAAGUACCAGAGCCCAUGCCUGAAACUACCUUCAAUUCUACUCCAAGCUACCCUCCUGGGACUGAAGUUAGUAAUCCACCAGCAAGCCAAGAAAAUACUGGCCCAUACCCUAAGGUAGAUUAUUACCAACAGCAGCAAUCUUCUUCAUCUACACAGAUUUAUCCAAGCUUUAACCCAUCCGAACCGCCAACGGGAGAACAAGAGCUCCAACCAGCUCCAUCCCAGCCUUUUAGUUACCCAUCGAGCACUAUAAGUGUUCCUGAAGAUGAAAACGAGGAUAAGGUUGCUGCCAAAUUUCCCCCCGUUUCUGACAUUGAACCAAAAGUUGAUGGAGAUACUCACCACGAAGCGAAUGCUUUACCUUCAAUAUCAGGUUUGCCUUCUCUAGAAAGGAUCAAAAGUAGUCAGAGCCAGAAGCUAUAUGCUGAAGAGCCGCUCAUUGAAUUGUAA